CUGGAAACUCCUUCUGCCUUUACCUCCAGCUUUGAAUCCAGCGCACGCGCGAACCCUUCAUGGCAACGAAACAGCAUUACACUUGGGCAGCAGGCCAUUUCGUGCUCCUGGUUGGUGCCCUGCGGUACUUCCUUGGGUGGGUGACCUUCAAAACUGUAUCGGCGUGGUGGUACAAAGCUAGUUUCGCCGGAGCUCUGCUGAGCUAUAUCAUUGUAUGCCACAAGUCGCUUGGGACUCCUCAACCGAACAUCGCAUUCAUCAGGCGCGCGCUAUUGGACGAGAAUGUCCAAUACUUUCUCCUCGCCUUCUUCUGGUGGACUUCGAAGCCGGUUGCUGUCGCUCUCAUCCCGUACACCAUCUUCUCUCUCUUCCACGCCCUCACGUUCACUCGUACGACUUUGAUGCCCCAAUUCCUCCCUCCUUCCCCUCCUGCUACUCAGGGUGGUCCUCCUCAGCCCCACCCGUUGGCCAAGCGUUUGCAGGUCUGGGUCAAAGCUAACUACGACACUGCGAUGCGGGUCGUUGCGUUCACUGAGCUGCUCAUCUUCGUUCGCGUCUUGCUCGGCGCCAUUACGUUCCGCAACUCGCUCCUGAGCCCUCUCGUAUUUGCGCACUUCCUGCGUCAGAGGUACUACCAGUCUGCUUUCACGCGUGAUGCUAUCACCACUGCGGACGCGAGGAUCAACGCGAUUAUCAACAAGCCCGGCAACCCUCCCGUCGCCAUCCAGACCUGGGGCAAGGUUCGCGAGCUGAUCGGCAGAUGGGCUGGAAGCACGCUGGCGCCGCAACAGCCCCCCGCCGGCGGAGCAAGGAGAGAUUGAAGGAUGGACAAGCAUGAUCUUGGAGGCAGAUGGUCGCUGCUUGAAUGUCGCUAUUGAUCUUCCCAGCCUGCACUAAACCCAUUCCGGCUAUUAGCGCGCUAGUUCUGUGUUAGACCUAAAUCUAUGUUCGGAUACUUAUCGUAACGAAUGACAACAUAAAGCGUGUGGGGCGCUCCAAUGACGAAAGAUCUCCUUUUCUGCUGUAUAAAGACGGGGUUGAAGUCGGGGGUAGUAGCAGGAAGAAC